AUGGCCAAUCACCUUAGACCUCUGUUCAUAACAACAAACUUUGGGGAUAUUCCUAUUCCCAAGGUGAUGGUAGAUGGAGGUGCAGCCAUUAAUCUUUUACCCUACAGAUUGCUGAGCAAGAUGGGCAGAAUAGAGAAGGAUUUGAUUCCAACACGCUUAACUGUCACCAACUUUGCUGGGGGCAUCACUAAAACUCCUGGAAUCCUGGAUGUGGAUGUCAUAGUUGGAACCAAGAGCUAA